GCGGGCCUGGACGAAGCCACCUCCCCCGGCGACGGUAUGGCGGCAGCCAUGGCGGCCAGCGAGCAGAGAGCAGAGCGUACCGCGAUGGGAGAGGGGCAGUCGCUGUCGUCCUUGGCGCGAACGUCGCUCUUUCUUUUGCUCCUGGCCUUUCCGCUUCGGGGCCAGCUUUCAGACGAUGCUACACCUAAUGCAGAAAUACCUCAGAACUUUAAGUCAAUUCAUAAGGAUGAAAAAGAGAAUUUAUCCUCAAUUAUGUCUGCAACCGGUGAGAACAGCAUGAGGAAUAAAACGAUUGAAGAUACGAUCCCAACUUCUUUGAAAGUCAAUGUUUCUGCUGUACAUGCAUCCACUCUAGCAGAAGAUAAAGUAGUCCAACCUCCUGUGUCACCUUCAGAAACUGUUAGUAUUAAUCAACAAAAUAUCGAUGUUUCAGAAGAUGCAGAUAGUAAAGAAUAUGACAUGACAGACAGAAAUAUAUUUACUAGUUCCCUACCAACAGCAAAAGAACCUAAAGAUUAUGUCAUCUAUGAUCUAGCUUCUAACUCUCAAAAUAAUCAAGAUGACCAAGAUGUAUCAGAAUUUGCAGAAGAUUCAAGUAUGACGAACUUCGAGAAUAAGAAGUCAUUUGCUCAUAACAUGAAGGAUGCUACAGUCUCAGGAUUGGAAGAUGACAGUCAUUUCUUUUUUCAUCUUGUUAUUUUUGCCUUUUUGGUUGCUGUAGUUUAUAUCACAUAUCACAAUAAAAGAAAGAUAAUUUUGUUGGUUCAGAAUAGAAGAUGGCGAGAUGGCUUGUGUUCCAGAACAGUUGGAUAUCAACGUUUAGAUCAAAAUGUGAAUGAGGCUAUGCCUUCAUUAAAAAUUACUAAUGAAUAUAUUUUUUAAAAGUAGCAUGACCCAAAUGUGCAGAAUUAGGAAUUUUCAUUGCCUCUCAAAAUAUAAUAUGAAUGAUUGCCAUAAGCAGUGAUGUGUGUACUCUAUUUUUACUUUGAAGGUUUUAGCCUUAUAUGAGGAUAUGCAAAGUAAAUGUUUAUUUUGGUGAAAGUUGGACUUCAUUAUUUUUGUACAUACAGCUUAUUGUUCAGUUGAUUUAUUUUUCAUCCAUUUUCUGCCUGGAGCAGUUAAUAGUCCUAGCUGCAACUUUUCCAAUUGAUCAAUAUACAGCAUAUUAAAGAAUGUACCAGAUUCCCUAUUUGGAUAAUUGACCUUGUUUCUCUCUUAAUUCAAACUGCUUAAUACUACAUAGAGUGUAUUAAUAUAAUUCUAGCCAAAUGAUUUCUUAAAAGAUUAUGCUAAUAUUCCUUCUCUAGAACAUUUGCAUAGAGACAUGUUUUAAAAGAAUAUGAUUUCUUUUUCACAAAUUGCCUAUUUAUUGAUUUUACACAAUUUAGAAAUAGGAUGUCUGGUGAUUCUGAUCUUAGUUUUUCUUAGCAAGAAUAAUUCUGUGUAAUACAAGAAGGCACCGUUCAGAAUGAAGACAAAAUUUUUCUGGCUAGAAAGUGCCAAAAACUGUUUACUCAUUUGUUUUUUCCAUAUGAAAUAAGGUUUGUGAAGGCAUAUCUUUGUAGUAGGUAAAACUGAAUGUUGAAGGGAGGUAAAUCUGAAAACAAAGGUUGCAUCCAAUUGUGUCAUUCUGCCAACAAGUGCAAGAUGAACAUAGAUGGCAGAACUGAUUCCUUUUUCCUCUUUAUUCCCACUCUAUGCCUCCUCAAAGUUCUGGAGAAAAUUUAACAUAGUGCAAAGUAUGGAUAUAAAAAGAAUGGAAAAUUCCACUGUAUUAGUUGACUAUUAUGGAUGUUGAUUUGAACAAUUUAAAUUGCUUAGGUAUAAAUACAGCAUAGUAAUUAGUUGCAUGUAGUAAAAAAAAAAAAAAGAAACCCAGGAUUUGAAGCCGGGAUUUGAUGCCCAUCUUUAGAGAAUACUGCACCAUUUUCUUUAACUUUGAAAAUUUCUUCUACUUGAAAUGAGUGGCAAAUUACUGGUAUGAUUGCAUUUUUUUUUUGAAUGCAUAUUUUGCUAUUUAUAAUGAUUGACAUAAAUUUUAAAUAUUUGUUAGCAGUUUUACUUACUGUAAAAAUACUGUUUGUGAACUGUAACUACCAUAGGGCUGAAAAACAUGUAAAUACUAAUGACCUUAUUUUCAAGUGAUGCAAUGUUAUGAAAACUUUUGAACUCUGGACUGAGAAAAUUUGCAGUGAGCAUGGUAUUAGUAAAUUAAGCAACAGAGCUUUUUAAUUUAGUAUUCUUAAAUGUAAAUAAGUGAAAUACAGAAAUACAUGUAAGACUGUUUUCUUUCAGAAUUCUUAUGAACUUGACUCAUUUUUAAUAGAAUCUUUCAAAUAAACCCUAUAAUGUUGUAA